AUGAGCGCCGGGCUCGGUAUUAUUAUCAUGAAGGAACCUCGACCCAACUCCAAAGGCCAAUCACGAAUCAUCUUACGCUCCUCGGAGCCGCCCAGAUCACCUCUAGUCACAUCAAAUGAAUGCGAAGCUUUGGAGAGCAAUGGUCGCCCAUGUCAGCAGUCGUUACCUCGAGAGGAGGACACGUGGUGCAAAAGACACUCCGCAGAGCUGAAAGAUUUCCAAGCCAAAUGGGACAAGGCCUUCAGAGAUGUGGAAAGAGUCGAAGCGGAUACACCGGAUACUGCUAGACAGAAGAUCUUGAAGCUUCGCCAAGCAAUGGAUCUCAGACGCCAGAUUCGAGAAAGAUUCUACUCUCGCGGCGGAGAUACAUCGGACUUUAUCAAUUGGAUGGCAAACGUGGAGAGAGACAUGAGGACACUUGCCGACUCUGUGCUGAUGCUGAAUCUCAAUCGUGGACCAACUCCAGAGACCCCAGGGGGGAGAUCACCGCACCCAAUGCAGCAAGGUCUCGAAAAGAUCAUGAUUCUACAGUCUCCCCUAUCUCCGCGCAUUCCAAUUACUUCACUACACAACAUGCCGGAUGAUGGGACUAUACUUAUCCUGAAGCACUUCUACAGCGACUUGUGUGUAGAAGGAGUCCAGCGUUUGUACAGCAUUGUCCCUGACUUGAACGACUCAGGGAAGCAUCUAGGCUCACCAGUGUUGGAGCCUAGGAAUGACAGCGGGACGGAAAUAAUCCGCGCUUGGUUUCGGAUUAUGAUACUCAAUACCAGUAACGCUGAAACCCUGGAGCAUGCGGUUAGAUCCCCCACGAUAAGCGAAUUUUUAUCUGGGUGCCAUGCCAGUCAGCUAGAGGCUUUCUGCGAUUUUUUUGAAAAGGCAUGGCGGCCACACGCUCUUCAGUUUCUCCGCGUCGCCAUCUGUGCGCAGACAUUGGCUGGAAGUGACGUCAAAACAAUUGGUUUACUUGGCGGCAUGAUACCGAGCACGACAGAAGGUUUGAAGAUGAGCAAGGCAUCCUGGGAUAUUCUUCACCGUUGGUUCCCUAUGCUACUGACUCCGUGGACGCUGGCAAGUAUCUGCUCUAACUUCGAAGACUAUACCACCGUUUGCAAAUUACUGAUGCUCGGGCUGUACCGUGACUACUGGUUCGACCCCUCGAGUAUUCUUGUAGAAUGCAUUACCGGUGGGUACCUUGGAUUUCUACCAUCGAGCAAAGGGCCACCAAGCACAAGCGGUCUGAAACAGGUCAACGAAUCCAUCGUGCAAACGGAGUCACGAAACUAUGUAUGCGGCCAAAUGGCGAUCGGAGACCCACUCACGCAGCUUUUUCUAGACGAACUUCAAAAGCGGACGGGCAGACUGCUACUCGUGGUUUAUGAGGGGACAAAUGCUGACGCAACAGUGCACCCAACCGAAGGCGAACUGGUCAUCAAACGCCAUCGAUCAGCGAAGUCACACCAAGCGCUGGAUCAUGCGGAGUGGACUAAUGACACAACCUUGGAAGACAUAAAGAAUGACUUACGGUUUCGAAAAAGCUCAAUGUACGAUCCCAUCGUGGUAGACUCCUGGCAAUUCAUCAUCAUCGAUCGAGAUCCCAAUCUAGCAUUUGAGUUGUUUGAAAUCAUCGAAGAUAUACUCCUAAUGCUCGUCGAUGAUCCCUCGCCAAGAGAGAUCAUGAGAAGAGUCGUUGAAGAGGUUAUCCCUCCAGCUGCGCAAGAGAUGUUCUUGGAAAAGAUUGACGUCGCCAAGAUCGCUGGUGUAGGGUUCCCUUCGGCACCAGAGGUACAAUACGAAGGCAACCGACAAAGAAGCCACGAACCAGACCGCCAAAUACUCUUAGCGCACCAGAAGAAGAUGGUACAAGAUGGGAAGUCCAGAGAGGCGAAUCGUUUCAUCAGGCGUGUCGUCGAUGAUAUGGAGCGCUGCGGCAUUGUUAGCCUUGUGUCAGAUCACGAGUCACCGCAGACUCGUCCAGUAAUAGUUCAGGGUUCCGAUGGCGCCCUGGACCUGUAUUUCCCGUACGAAUUUGGAGGUCUUUCGCCAGAUGUCGAGCUCAUGCCAAAUUUGUCACUACCACGGAAAACCUGCCUAGGUGACUUCGCCAGGCAAUUCAAGAACAAACAUCCGGAAGGCAUUAUGGCAAAAGGUAGCAUCUUGACACAUUACUGCGCCUGGCCAAUGCCUGCGAUGAAGCGGAUGGGGAAGAGCAGACUCAACUUUGGCACAUGGGAGGGCCAUGUGUACCACUGGAAUGCGAUGCGUGAGUAUCAUCUUUCAGUAUGUUUUCUUAGCGUGGUAGUCCCAUUACAGGCGGUGUUAUGUCAAACGUCCGGCAUUUCUCCGACUUCUCGAUGCUCUUCCGGCCUGUUGCUCAGAAUCUGA